AUGCUCAGCCCACGGGAGAUGGAGGAGCGGGUCGCGGGGGUCCACCCCGGCCAGUUCCCAGCACCUCUCUUAAGGGGAUCCUCAACUUUCCCCGCUGUUCUCUACGUCUCCCAAACCCUACCCGGCGCCUUCACACCCACCCGAAUGACCCCGGGCGCCGCCAGCUCUCCAGGAAUUGGGAAUUUCGUGACGUUCCCUGACUACGCUUCGCCGAGAGCGGGGGAGGAAAUUGCUGCAAGGGGCCUUCGCGCAAGUGCGACCCGGGUCUCCGCCGCAAACGGCCAGCUCACUGGGGACCCGGGACUUCGGGAGGCGGCAUGCCACCUGCGCACCAGGCGGCCCCGGCUGCCUGCCCUCCCCGUUGCCCGGCUCCGAGACUCACCACCGCCUCCGCCCCGCCCGCGGGUGGGUGGUCGCUUCCUUUCGCUCCCCGUCACUCUUUGCAGACGCUCCCCGGCGCCGGGCAUGUGCGCCGCCGCCGUCGGUCCCCGGGCCGGAUUCCGCGCGCGGUGGCCCUGA